UCUUCUGUUUCGCCUUCACGAUCGACUCGCUUUAAAUCACCUUUCGUAGUAAUGAAGCGUAAGCCAACAAAUCCUUUUAAAUGCAAAAAAUUCCUAGAUACUAAACUGUUUAUCUGAUUAAAUGAUGGUUUCAACAUUUUGGCUGAUGGUUAUGAACGUAGCUAGUUCCCGAAGAACGUAUAGGUUAGCUUGGGAGACGGGUACAACAAUGAAACCGUCCUCGAAAUUUAGUAAAUUUAUUUUCUUCUAUUCUUUUAUUUAUUUUAUUGCUUUCUAAUUUUUUCAAGUAAAAAAAGCUCAUUUCGGCUUCGUAUAUUAUCCUUAGCAGCCUAUGUCUUUCUUCUAGCAAUUGCCCUCUACCACCCAAAAGUGCAAGUCAAUAUAAAUGGACGGAGAAUAUAUAUAUAACUUUAUUAGACAAUCACCACCUGGUGAAGUUAAUCAGGUGAUAGAAGAUAUUCGAGCACUUGGGUUGACCGACGAGCAACGCAUACAAAAACAACUUCAAUUGCAUCAUGAAGAUUCAAACUCACCCGUAACAAUGUUCGAAAAUGAAAGAGCGGUCCUUUCCUCUGAAAGCAAAUUGGAUGAUAGUCGCUAUUAUGAUCAACGAUUGAAAAAGUCCUUCGCAGUGAAUUUCGAAACAAUGGAAGCAAUUGAUGUUGAGGAUUACAAUGACAAACCUACUAUAUCAGAGGAUAUUGUUAAACAAAUCCAGAAGGUUACUUUGGAUCAUUAUUUGUCUGAUGUGUCAAUUGGAAUUCUACAGAAUGAUGAGAAGGUCCCUGAGUACAGCAUUAUGCUCGUGUCGGUCAAGUAUAAUCCUCAAAAUUAUUACAACGGUCGUUGGAGGUGCGUCUGCAAGUAUAAUGCCGAGAAGAAGAAGUUAUCCGGAACUUCCUUCAUUAGGGUACAUUACUAUGAAGAUGGUAAUGUCUGGUUAGAUGCCGAGCGUCCUAUUGAUGUGAGCAUUGAUGAUACAGGAAAACUUUCAGAUGCUUUAGUAGAAGCAGAAAACGCAAAUCAACGCUCUUUUAAUGUGGAACUUUCUUCUUUGAAUGAUAAAAAGUUCAAAGAACUUCGCCGACAACUUCCUAUUACACGCCAGAAAAUCAAUUGGGAGAAUGUUUUGGGAUUACGCAUGAGAAACACAUGAUUCAGCUCCAAAGCUGCUUCUAGAAUUUAAUGAAACUAUUAUACAAAGCUGAGUAUAACGCUGUCAAAGCUCUAUCCCUUUUGGACUCAAAAUUUGAAACGAUCUUUUUCUUUUUUCUUUUUUUAUUACUUAUAUAGUCUAUUCUAAAGAAACCAUCCGAUUUAACAGUGGAUAAUUAGGCAAUCAUGGAGUUUCUAUUCACUUCUUUUCUCGAAGUUGAGCUUUUUUGGUUGAUGACAAAGUUUUUAGCAAACUCGAUUAACAGUCUACUAGAAUUUAGACAAACGUUUCUUAUUAAAUGACAAUUUCUUCAGUAAUGAUUAAGUGCUGACCAGGGGUAACUUCCUAUUUUUUUUGUAAGUUUAAUACAUUGUUCGAUAAAGUCAGCUCGAUUAAUCACCAACAAUUA